CUCCCUUCUUAUUUGCUGAUGAUCAUUUGAGGAGCUCCGCGGGAAGCAGAGGUCCGAGUGCUUUUUGUCUUCUUCUCUACCCGGUCUGUCCUGCGUCUUCUACCCGGAGGAAUGAGGCUCGGGCUGCUGGUCGUCUGGGCGGGUUUGACCCUGAGCUGCUGCGCUCUGGUCGGCGCCGGAGGCGGCGAUGAGGACGCAGAGGAGGAGAACGGCCUCUCCGGAGGUCGGGCUCACCUGAGGGAAGCCCGGGGACUCGCGGAGCCCACGGCGAAGCCGGGGGAGGAGGGCGGCGUGCGAGGGUUGGACGAGGGAGAGGAGAGGAAGAAACCAAAGAAGAAGAAGACGCUCGAGGAAACAGAAGCCUCCAGAGCCAGGAAGGCCGCGGAGAAGGAGGCCAAGGCGAAGAGGCAGAAGUCACCGAAGCCCACCAAGAGGCCCAAAGCCCCGAAGCCCACCAAGAAGCCCAAAGCCCCGAAGGCCACCAAGAAGCCCAAGACGCCCAGAGCCACCAAGAAGCCGAGGGCGGCGACCACGAGGCAGCCGGACGCGGGGGGAAGCCCCGCCCCCGGCGAGGAGGAGGAGGAGCUGGGCCGCGUCACGCCGGCUCCAGCCGCGACCCCGACGGACGCCGGGUGGGAGGAGCCAGUGGAGCCGGACCUGGAUUUGUCGCGUGGUCGAUAUCCUGACAAACACGCUGCGACCGCCGAGGUCACCGUGUUCAUACCAGAGGAAACCACCUCCGGUCCAUACGUGGUCCCCUGGUACGAAGAGUACGACUACGCCGACCUGGCAUCGAAGAAACAGGAGGAGGAGGAGGAGAGAGCGCGGAAGGAAAAGGCAGAAAAAGCUGCGCGGCUGAAGAAGGAGUGGGAGGAGGAAGAGGAGGAGCGCCUGAAGAAGAUCUCACUCCCUGUUGAGCAGAAGAAGUGUCCCCCUCUGGGCCUGGAGUCCCACCGGGUGGAGGACGACCAGCUGCUGGCCUCGUCCCAGGCUCAGCACGGCGUUGGCGCCCACCGAGGCCGCCUCAACAUGCAGGGCUCCGGCGACCACGACAACCUGCACGGCGGCGCCUGGUGCGCCGAGCCCGAGGAGAGGGAGCACUGGUUCCAGGUCGACGCCCGGCGGGAGGUGGAGUUCACCGGGGUCAUCACGCAGGGACGCAACUCCAAGCAGCUGGAGGACUUCGUGUCCUCCUACUUCGUGGCCUUCAGCAACGACAGCCGCGACUGGAAGACCCUUCACGACGGCUACGCCGAGUGGUUGUUCUACGGGAACGUGGACAGGGACACGCCGGUGCUGGGCCAGUUCUCGCCGCCCGUGGUGGCGCGCUACAUCCGCAUCCUGCCGCAGAGCUGGAACGGCAGCUUGUGCCUCCGAGCCGAAGUCCUGGCCUGCCAGCUCCCCAGCAGCUACCGCAGUGAGAAUGACGUGAACUCAUCCGACGACCUCGACUUCCGACAUCACAACUACAAGGAGAUGAGACAGAUGAUGAAGGUGAUAAACGAAGAGUGUCCCAACAUCACCAGGAUCUACAACAUCGGCAAGAGCUCUCAGGGCCUGAAGAUGUACGCCAUGGAGAUCUCUGACAAUCCCGGGGAGCACGAGACGGGUGAGCCGGAGUUCCGGUACACGGCCGGUCUCCACGGCAACGAGGCGCUGGGUCGCGAGCUCCUCCUCCUGCUGAUGCAGUUCCUGUGCAAGGAGUACAAAGACGACAACCCCAGGGUGCGCCGCCUGGUGGACGGCGUGAGGAUACACCUGGUGCCCUCGCUCAACCCCGACGCCUACGAGCUGGCCCACGAGAUGGGCUCAGAGAUGGGGAACUGGGCUCUGGGCCACUGGACCGCGGAGGGUUACGACAUCUUCCAGAACUUCCCGGACCUCAACAGCAUCCUGUGGGGAGCCGAGGACAGAGGCUGGGUCCCUCGCAUCGUCCCCAAUCAUCACAUCCCACUGCCGGAAAACUCCCUCAACGGCUCCCUCGCCAUGGAGACCAAAUCCAUCAUCUCCUGGAUGCAGCGAACCCCGUUUGUUCUGGGGGCCAAUUUGCAAGGAGGAGAGAAGCUGGUGGCGUAUCCUUUCGACAUGCAGCGCCCAUCGAUCUCUUCGGCCGACAGGCGGCGCUGGAGAGGCAACGGCGAGAUGAGCGAGGAGACGUGGGCCCGCAUCCAGCGGCAGAACGACGGCUCCCUGCGGGAGACGCCGGACGACGCCAUGUUCCGAUGGCUCGCCAUGUCGUACGCCCACAGCCACCUGACCAUGACGGAGACCUACCGGGGCUCGUGCCACGGGGACGACAUCACCGGGGGCCAGGGCAUCACCAACCGGGCCAGCUGGGCCCCCGUGGUGGGCAGUAUGAACGACUUCAGCUACCUGCACACCGACUGCUUCGAGCUCUCCGUCUUCCUGGGCUGCGACAAGUUUCCCCACGAGAGCGAGCUGGCUCUUGAGUGGGAGAACAACCGCGAGUCUCUGCUGUCCUUCAUCGAACAAGUAAAUCGAGGGAUAAAAGGUGUGGUGAGAGACGUGGAGGGAAACCCGCUGCCCAACGCCACCAUAUCUGUGGAGGGAAUACGGCACGACGUCAGAACCGCCGCGGGCGGCGACUACUGGCGUCUGCUGAACCCCGGCGAGUUCAGGGUCACCGCCAAGGCAGACGGCCACACCCCUCAGACCCGGCUGUGCAUGGUGGGCUACGACUCCGGCGCCACGUCCUGCAGCUUCACCCUGGCCAAGUCCAACUGGAACCGCAUCAAGCAGAUCAUGGCGCUGCACGGCCAGAGGCCCAUCCGCCUUGUGCCCAAGGUCAGCGCGCCCAAGGCGACCACGCCGGCCGCCAGCCCGCCGGCGCCGACCCUCGACAGCCACUCGGCAGCGCAGAAGGCGGAGCGCCUCCGGAGGCUCCGCGUCCUUCGUCUGCGGCGUCUGCGGCAGCAGAGGCUGAGAGCCGGUUUCACCGCCGCUCCUGCCACAACAACAACAACAACCACCACCACAACAACAACAACGGCCCCCUCCACCACGCCCGAGGCCGCGGGGACCACCUCCUGGUACGACUCCUGGUUCCCGGUGGACAGCUGGAUGACGGAGAACCCGUUCGACAGCGUCGGCUUCGACGCGGCGCCCACGCAGGAUUACCCCUUCGAGUACACCAUCGACUGAUGGCUCCUCCCCCUCAGCUGCAUCACCAGACGUCCUGCUCCUCCGUCUGACGUCCACCAGGAGCCAAAAAGCUGCUUCUAUCAGCGUGUCGCAUUUACAUAUUAUGUACAUGCAUGUAGUGUGUAUGUUUAUGUGGGUCCAGGGGCGUGAAAACUCCACACAUAUUAGUUCGUAUGUAGAAGCUUCCUUCAUGGUGCUCUUCUUCUGAACAUGGACCCUUUCUACAGCUUCACCAGCUAGAAGGUAUUUGUAUUACAUCCACCCCACUAGGUCCUUUAUUAUCUGUGGCUUUUCAAACAUAAAUAUCCAUGCAUGUAGAUGUACAUUUACAUCGUGUGCUAGAACCUGAACUCCAGAAACACGUCACAGGUUCUACUCUGAGCAGCACUCACUCACCAGAAGAACUCAUUAGAAGAUGAACUGCAAAUUUGGAAUUAAAGCGCAAUGUGAGCGUUUAGAGUCCAGUUCAGAGGGAAAUUAAAGCGACUUAAAAGUCAACGUCCAUUAGAGAAAUGUUCCUUCGGGAAGUCUUCACAGAUCUGGAUGGAAACCUUCUGCUGAGCAGAGACGGCGUUCUGUCAAGACACACGUCAUGUGAUUCGCUCCUUCGGUUUAUCUCUCUGAUUCUUAACGGCUUCACGGUGCGAUUGCUGGUCUCAGUUAAACUGAAUGCAUUUUAUUAAAAGUGUUUUUCUAAAAAGA